GACAGAGGUAGCAUCACUGGGCACAGUAGAAGGGGCCAAGUGCUGAACACACGCACCAGCCAGGCUCACGAGUGGGGAAUCGGAGAUGCCGGGAUGAAGGAACGCAUGGAAAUCAAAGAGACGCACGGACACGAGGAGCCAGUGAGAGAUCUGUAAAGGGGGUGAUCUGGGGGGUCAGAAGGAUGGAGGCUGGGCUAGCAACAUCUCCCACAGUGGAGCAGGGGCCUAGAUCGCAGCAGCGACCUGCCUCUGAACAAGGACUGAGAUCACACAAGGGACCUGCUACCAAGCAGGGACCUAGAUCACGGCAGGAAACUUCAUUAGAGCAAGAACCUGCCACUGAGAAUGAACUUGUACACCAGCAGAGCUCAGCAUCGGAGCAGACCCCCACAGCCCAGCUGGGACCAUGUUCCCCUGAGCAGACCCCUAUACCACAGCUAGGACCACAUGCCCCUGAGCAGACCCCUGUACCACAAUUAGGGCCACGUGCUCCUGAGCAGACCCCCACAGCACAACUGGGACCACAUGCCCCCAAGCAGAUCCCCACAGCACAGCUGGGACCACAUGUCCCUGAGCAGACCUGCACAGCACAGCCGGGACCAUAUACCCCUGAUCAGAUCCUUCUAGCAAAGCUGGGACAACAUGUCCCUGAGCAGACCUCUGCACCACAACUAGGGCCACAUGCCCUUAAGCAGACCCCUGUACCACAAUUAGGGCCACGUGCCCCUGAGCAGACCCCCACAGCACAGCUGGGACCACAUGCCCCCAAGCAGAUCCCCACAGCACAGCUGGGACCACAUGUCCCCGAGCAGAUCCCCACAGCACAGCCGGGACCACAUGACCCCGAGCAGAUCCCCACAGCACAGCCGAGACCAUAUACCCCUGAUCAGAUCCUUCUAGCAAAGCUGGGACAACAUGUCCCUGAGCAGACCCCUGCACCACAGCUGGGACCACGUGCCCCUGAGCAGAUCUCUCUAGUAAAGCUGGGGCCUGCCUCCGAACAAAGGCCAACAUUCCAGCCUGAAUCUCCAUCCCAGUCAGAAUCUGCCUCGGAGAGAGACCUAUCCCUCACAUCACAGCACGGCCACACCUUCCAACACAGAUCAGUGAUGCAUCUAGAACUUAAAUCCCUGCAGGACUCAACCUCAGAGCUGGAGUUUCAUCAGGGCUCAGCCUCUGAGAAUGGACCCACAUCCCAUCUCAGAGGUACAGCAGAAGUAACAGCAUCCCAGCCUGGCGCUGCCUCUGAGAGCGAGACUGCAGCACAGCCAAGACCCCAAUUGAAGCAGGAGUCCAUAUCACAGCAGGAAUCCACCAGGCACCUCAAACCCAAGUCAAAACAGGACUCUACCUCAGAGCAAGGACCUAUAACAGGGCAGGCCUCUCCCUUACAGCCAAGACCUGCAUCACAGCAAGAAGCUGGCUUCGAGAAGGAACCCAUAACACCGAGGACACUCACACCCCAGCCUUCGCCACGGCAGCCACUUGUAACAGAGAAUGAACGCAAUGCCCUGGACACCGGAUCCCAGGAGGACUCUUCCAUCCUCCAGGAACCUCCUUCCCACCACAAGGUGACAUCAGCAGCAGGCAGAAUCCUGGGCCACGAUGGAAAGAUGCAUAUCUAUCAUCCUAGAGAUGCAGCCUCCCGCCUGACCCAUGGCAUGGACCUGAAAACCAUGACCCAGUCACUGGUGGCACUCUCGGAGGACAACGCCACCUACUUUGCCAGCCAGGGUCCCGGGGAGACGGCCCGCCGCCUCGUGAGGACCUUCACGGGCAUACAGGAGCAGGUGCUGGGGCUGGAGCCAGCCCUGAGCCAGCUGCUGGGCAUAGCCCACCUCUUUGACCUGGACGCCCAGACACCCGCCAACGGUUACCGCAGCCUGGUACACACGGCGGGCUGCUGCCUCGCCCACCUGCUGCACAAGGCCCGCUACGUGGCCGCCAGCCGCAAGAGCAUCUUCUUCCGAACCGGCCACAACCUGGCCGAGCUGGAGGCGUACCUGGCGGCCCUGACGCAGCUGCGAACCCUGGCCUACUACGCCCAGUGCCUGCUGGCCACCAACCGACCGGGCGGCCUCUUCUUCGAGGGUGUCGGGGGACUCAGUGCGGACUUCCUCAGAGAGUACGGCACCCUGCACAAGGGCUGUUUCUAUGGCCGCUGCUUGGGCUUCCAGUUCACUCCGGCCAUCCGCCCUUUCCUGCAGACCAUUUCCAUCGGGCUGGUCUCGUUUGGGGAGCAUUAUAAACGCAAUGAGUCAGGGAUUGGUGUGGCUGCCAGCUCCCUCUUCACUGGUGGCCGCUUUGCUAUCGACCCGGAGCUGCGAGGGGCUGAGUUCGAACGGAUCACCCAGAAUCUGGAUGUGCAUUUCUGGAAGGCCUUCUGGAACAUAACGGAGAUCGAGGUGCUGUCGUCUCUGGCCAACAUGGUGUCAGCCACAGUGCGGGUGUGCCGGGUCCUCAGCUUGCCCCCUCAAGCCUUCGAGCUACCCCUGGCCAACAACCCCCAGCUCAAAGUCACCAUCUCGCCCCCGGUAGCCCACACGGGCCCGGGCCCUGUGCUGGUGCGACUCAUCUCAUACGACCUACGAGAGGGCCAGGACAGCAAGGAACUGAACAUCCUGGCCCAGUCUGAGGGCCCCCGGAGCCUGGAGCUGUGGCCCCACACCCACCACGUCCCACGCUCUAAGUCCCUGGUCAUCCACAUCCAUGGCGGUGGCUUCGUGGCGCAGACCUCCAAGUCCCAUGAGCCCUACCUCAAGAGCUGGGCCCAGGAGCUGGGGGUGCCCAUCCUCUCCAUCGACUACUCCCUGGCCCCCGAGGCCCCCUUCCCUCGGGCCCUGGAGGAGUGUUUCUACGCUUACUGCUGGGCCCUCAAAAACUGUCACCUCCUGGGUUCGACAGGGGAGCGGGUGUGCCUGGCGGGGGACAGCGCUGGCGGCAACCUCUGCUUCACCAUGUCCCUGCGGGCAGCAGCCUACGGUGUCAGGUUGCCUGAUGGCAUCAUGGCUGCCUACCCAGCCACGAUGCUGCAGGCCUCGGUCUCGCCUUCACGCCUCCUGAGUCUCAUGGACCCCCUGCUCCCCCUCAGCGUCCUCUCCAAGUGCCUCAGUGCCUAUGCUGGCGUACAGCCUGAGGUCCAGGAAGACCAGGAGCAGCAGGCCCUGAGCGUCAUGGGGUUGGUGAAGAGGGACACAGCCCUGCUGUGGCGGGACCUGCGGCUGGGGGCCUCCUCCUGGCUCAACACCUUCUUGGAGCUCGGAGGCCGGCGAUCCGCUGACAGAUCCCCGCCACCGACCGAGACCAUGCGCCGCAGCGUGUCCGAGGCUGCCCUGCAGGAGCUCCCCAGCCUCCCCAAGGACUCCACUAAAAGUUUGACCUUACAAGACCUGAGCCUGGUGGGGGGCUCCUCCGCCCCAGUCCUGACCUCGUCGGAAGAGACCCCGCCAUCGGCUUCUCAGGAGGUGAACUUCUUCCUGCCUGCCUCGGGGGCCGAGGUCGAGGCCACCGAGGAGGAGGAGGAGAGCAGGGUGAAUGCGGACCACCUGAGCUCCGCCUUCCCCGACGGCUUCCAGCCCCGGCGCUCCAGCCAAGGCAGGGCCAACCUGUCCCUGCAGACGUCCCCCCUUGUCAAGAACCCCUUCAUGUCCCCACUGCUGGCCCCUGACUCCAUGCUCCAAUCCCUGCCCCCCGUGCACAUCGUGGCCUGCGCCCUGGACCCCAUGCUGGAUGACUCAGUGAUGCUCGCCCGCCGCCUUCGGGGUGUUGGGCGCCCCGUGAGCCUGCGGGUGGUGGAGGACCUGCCCCAUGGCUUCCUGAGCCUGGCAGCCCUGUGUCGUGAGACGCAGCAGGCCACCGCGCUGUGCGUGGAGCGCAUCCGCUUCAUCCUCACUGGGACAGAGAUACAGACGCCCGCGGCACCCAGCAAGCCUCAGUGGUCUGAGCGGUCCCAGACCAAGCACUCCCCUCUGACCCCAGCCUCAACCACGAGCUCGCCCCCCGGCCUGCGGAGCCCAGGCUUGCUUCAGGCCCAGCCCUCCCGAAACUCGGGCCUUGGCCCUGCCCGCUCCUGACUAAAGGCCUCGUGCUCUCUCUCGGUCGAUUUUCUUUUGCACUAAAGACUCGUGAUAGAGUGGGGCGGGGGACCCCUCCAGCCCCCCUCCCUCCACCUCACACUCCUCCCCUCUAUGGGGGCUAAACCCCUGGCCCAGCACCCUGUGAAACCCUGGGUGAGUCAGAGUCAAGAUGUUAGUGCUGGAAGGUGCUUUGAGAUCCAAUGUCCUCAUUUUACGUAGGUGGGAAACUGAAGCCACCUGCCACAGUGGAAGGAGCAAUGAAUUCAGGUCUGGGGCCAUCCGUGUGGCCUGGCACAAGUGCCUUCCCUACUGGGCCUCAGUUUCCCCCUUAAUAAAAUGAGAGAGUUGGGCCAGAUGACCUCCGGGAGCCCUCCCAGCUCUAAGUCCUGUAAGGGGCGGGUCUGGGUCCCCAAGAAAGGUAAGUCUGGGGCCAGAAGCCCCCCCCCCCCCCCCCCCCCCGUGUCUGGUGCCUCCAUGUCCUGGAGCCAUCUGACCCCAGCCCAGGCAUCAGGAAGUUCAGCGUCCUAGGGCCAGCUCUGCCCCUAGCCUUGUCAGGGGGCCUCGGAGAGGUCCUGGAAUGGCAGAUUGUAAGAGGUCCCCAGAUUCCCAGGCCACCAUCUGCAUCCCCUCUGGGCCUUCAUUUCCCCAGUGUAAUGGUUAGCCCAUUGCCACUCGGGGAUGGAGUGCCUUAGACCCAGUGGGGAGGGAGGGAGCUCUGAUGCCCCGUGCCCCCCCCAUGCUUCCCCACUCACUGUGAGCCCCCCCAGCUGCUCCCUCCCAGCCCCAGCCACUGCCUUCUGCUGCUGCUGCCUCGCCCUCUGCUACCUUUUUGUAAAUAAAUGUAUUGAAUUCA